UUUCCUCCAUGUUGUUGUUUUCAGCUUCAGUUUUCAUCUCUCUCAGCAUCUCAUUCUCAUCUUCCUUUUGAAUUCAUGCUAAAGUCCGACAUUUUUCCGAAAUGAGAGCUGUUCCCACAUGGAUAGAUAAAGUACACGACCGGGAUAAGGUUGAACAAUGUAUUUAUGAUCUCGCCUUCAGACCCGAUGGAUCUCAGCUCAUAGUAGCGGCUGGAAAUCGAGUUCUGGUGUACGACACGGCCGACGGGACGCUCAUACAGCCGCUGAAGGGACACAAAGACACCGUCUACUGCGUGGCUUACGCUAAAGAUGGGAAACGCUUUGCAUCCGGUUCAGCAGAUAAAAGCAUCAUCAUCUGGACCUCAAAACUGGAGGGCAUCCUCAAAUACACUCACAACGACUCGAUCCAAUGUGUGUCGUACAACCCCGUCACACACCAGCUGGCCUCGUGCUCCUCGGGAGACUUCGGUCUGUGGUCUCCAGAGCAGAAGUCCGUCUCCAAACACAAAGUGAGCAGUAAGAUCACGUGCUGUGGCUGGACGAACGACGGCCAGUACUUGGCUCUGGGAAUGAUGAACGGUGUCGUGAGCAUCAGAAACAAGAGCGGAGAAGAGAAGGUGAAGAUCGAGCGUCCGGGCGGCUCGUCGUCGCCCAUCUGGUCCAUCGCCUGGAACCCGUCCAAGGAUGAACACAACGAUAUCUUGGCAGUGGCUGACUGGGGACAGAAGCUGUCGUUCUACCAGCUGAGUGGGAAACAGAUGGGGAAGGACCGGCCGCUGACCUUCGACCCCUGCUGCGUGAGCUUCUUCUCGAAGGGCGAGUACCUGGUGAUGAGCGGCUCGGACCGGCGGGCGUCGCUCUACACCCGCGACGGGGUUCGGCUCGGCACCGUGGGGGAGCAGCACUCCUGGGUCUGGACCUGCCGCGUCAAGCCCGACUCCAACUACGUG